GAGUUUAAAGAAGAAAAAAGAAAAAGAAAAGCAAAAACCAACGCCGCCUCUUCUCUUGUCGGGAAGGGUUAUUCGGUUUUGAAAUCAAAGAAAGAAAGAAAAAAAAGCUUAUCAGGCUUUUUCCAUCUCUACAUAUCCGGCGGAGAAGUCCUUUUUUAGGGAAUGCAGAGAGAUGAGAGGAGCUUUGUUGAGGAAUCCUGAGCUUAAUUCUGGGCGUGCCAAGAAGUGCAUCGGCGGCAGGAAUUGCCACCGUAAGCACGUUGAAGACGGGUGAUCAAUUCGAUUUUCUCACCACCUUCUGUUCUAGUUUUCUGGGUCGGUUUCGAAUUCUCUCUAUCGAAACUCGGCUAGCUCUGUAGAUAUAUCUUCUCUCUUUAUUUUUAUCAGUACCCCAGUUGUUUGUUUUUCGUUUUAAGUGUCUGUAUUUAGUUUUUGGAUUGUUUGAAAGCAAAAAAAAAAAAAAAUGGUGGAAACGGGUGGUUGUAAAGAUGGGAACUCGACUUUGCUUCAUGGGAAAUACGACCUCGGUCGACUUCUGGGUCAUGGAACCUUCGCUAAGGUGUACCAUGCUCGGAACUUGAAGACGGGAAGGAGCGUGGCGAUGAAGGUCGUGGGGAAGGAGAAGGUGAUUAAGGUUGGAAUGAUGGAGCAAGUUAAGAGAGAGAUCUCUGUUAUGAAAAUGGUGAAGCAUCCCAAUAUCGUUGAGUUACAUGAAGUUAUGGCUAGUAAGUCGAAGAUUUACUUCGCUAUGGAGCUAGUUAGAGGUGGAGAACUCUUCGCUAAGAUUGCUAAAGGUCGGCUUAAAGAAGACGUGGCCAGACUCUACUUCCAGCAACUUAUCUCCGCCAUAGAUUUCUGCCACAGCAGAGGUGUCUACCACCGUGACCUCAAGCCCGAAAACCUUCUUCUCGAUGAAGAUGGCAACCUCAAAGUCACUGACUUUGGGCUCAGUGCCUUCUCCGAGCACCUGAAACAAGACGGUUUGCUCCACACCACUUGUGGAACCCCAGCCUACGUGGCUCCUGAGGUCAUCGGGAAAAAGGGCUACGACGGCGCCAAGGCUGAUCUCUGGUCUUGUGGUGUCAUCCUCUAUGUCCUCCUCGCCGGGUUCCUCCCAUUCCAGGACGAUAAUCUUGUCGCCAUGUACAGAAAAAUAUACAGAGGAGACUUCAAAUGCCCACCGUGGUUCUCUUCGGAGGCUCGCCGUUUGGUCACCAAGCUUCUUGAUCCGAACCCGAGUACCCGAAUCACCAUCGCUAAGAUCAUGGACUCUUCCUGGUUCAAAAAAUCAGUGCCCAGAUCUGUACGGACGAAGGAGGAAGAGGAAAAAGAGAAGGAGAAAAAGUACGACGAGAGCUACUUUGAGAAGACGAAGAUGCAGCCGGAGACCCUUAACGCUUUCCACAUCAUAUCUUUAUCGGAGGGUUUCGAUUUAUCGCCGUUGUUCGAGGAGAAGAAGAGAGAAGAGAAAGAGGAGCUAAGAUUCGCGACGACGAGGCCGGCGAGCAGUGUGAUAUCGAAGCUGGAGGAGGUGGCUAAGGCGAUGAAGUUUAAUGUGAAGAAGAGCGACUCUAGAGUGAGGUUGCAAGGUCAGGAGAGUGGCCGGAAAGGGAAGCUAUCCAUAGCUGCCGAGAUCUUCGCCGUUACGCCGUCGUUUUUGGUGGUGGAGGUGAAGAAAGACAAUGGUGAUACACUUGAGUACAACCAGUUCUGUAGUAAGGAGCUCCGGCCGGCGUUGAAGGACAUCGUUUGGACCUCGGCGGCGGCGGAAAAUUCUCCGGUUAUUUGAUUAUUUUCCGGCCAGAAACCCAAGAUGAAAAAAAAUCAUAUUUGUUUAAUUAUUGUCUCUGAAUUUAGGAAAUGAAAUUUGAAACAUUGGGACUAUGAAGAAAAAUCCAAUCUUUGUGUUUCUGUGA